UUGAAUUCCCCAAAACUUCUUUACACUCACACGGCUGUUGUUUCCUUUUCCUUCUCUUUUCACAAAAUAAAAAAAACAUCAUAUCUUGUUGAUUUCUUAGUACCCACAUUCUUUUUUUAUCGUUUUAAUAUUUUUUUUUUGGGAUUUGCCGAAAUAACAAACCCAAAGAAAAAGAAGACAUAGAAGGAGGAGGUGAUAUAGCAGAAAGAGAGAGAGAAAGAGACGGCGAUGGGGUGUAUUAUAUUGGAAGAGCAAGCCGCCGACGACGACGUUUUGGUGCCGCCAACCAAUUUCUCGAUGGUUGAAGAUGGCAUUUUUAGAUCUGGCCUCCCUCAACCCGUCAAUUUCCGGUUUCUCCAAACCCUAAAUCUCCGAUCCAUCAUAUAUUUGUGCCCUAAGCCCUAUCCAGAGGAGAAUUUGAAGUUUCUUCAGUCGAAUAAUAUUCGCCUAUUUCAAUUCGGAAUUGAGGGCAAGACGGAGUCUUCUGUAUCUAUUCCGAGGGAUACUAUCAUGGAUGCUCUGAGGAUCUUGAUUGAUGUGAGAAACCAUCCGGUUUUGAUCCACUGCAAGCGUGGAAAGCACCGGACGGGUUGUCUUGUUGGUUGCCUGAGGAAGCUGCAGAGUUGGUGUUUGUCUUCUGUGCUCGAGGAGUACCAGCGAUUCGCUGGCGUGAAAUCGAGGAUAACGGAUAUGAGGUUUAUAGAGACUUUUGAAGUUAUCUGCUUGAGGCAGUGCCUUUACAGCAUUAUUUACCGAUACCAUGGCUAUGGUUCAAAGAAGAGGAGGCUCCUGUACCGUGAAGAGAAGUUACAGAAACCCCAGAUCACAUUAGUUUAGCAAAGAAUAGACAGUUUUUGCCCCUAAUUAAACCCUUUAAGUUGCAUAUAACUCGUGGACCCCACUAUCCUUUAACCUCUGUGGUGAUUACUUUUAGACAUCAUCUUUGGAAGCAAACAUAGUAUACGUUUUCUUUCUUUUUCUUUUCCAUCUUUUUUUUUUUUUUUUUUUUUUUUUUUUUAAAUCCGCCAAUUAAAUUGUUCUUACACAUACGGCGAGCAAAUUAGUUAGACAUGUUCCUCACUUGAUUUUGCGAUGAGGACUAGAAGAAACUUCUCUUUCCAUCCGUUCGUGGAAGACAAAUAAAGCUAUUUCUUUCUGUGUAUGUGUUGCCUUUCCUAAUGGUUGGGCUGUUCCUUCAUGUGAUAUUGUUCCAUUUGAUUGUUAUAUUCAUAUUUUGUCUAUCCAUUGUCCGAA